AUGGACGAAGAAGAAGCUUAUUUUGAAGACGCUUUUGAAGAUACGGCCACUGGAACGCCUCUGUCAGCCAUUGCGGAGGCGUUUGAGGAGCUGUCGGCUUUAGUAAGUUCCAGUGGGUCUUUUGAUGAUCUUCGUUUGAAGCCCUUUUGCGAUGCUUGUUCGCUUGUCUCCAUCCUCUUCGGUUGUCUAGGAAUUGCCUUCAAAUUCGCCGAGAUGGAGUACGUCUCUAAGGUGCGUGAUCUUACAGAAGCAUCAAAGAGAUAUGCCACUUUAAAUAGUAUACUUGAUUUUGAUGUCAAAAAUGACAGUGUUAGAACACCAGGAAGCCUUUCACGUAAUCUGCGCAGAGUUAGGCAGGGUCUUGACCUCAUUAGAGUUAUAUUUCAGAAUUUUCCGUCAUCAGAUGAAUGUUCUUUGAAAGAGGCAGCGUCAACAGCUUAUGCAAAGGUUUGUGCGCCAUACCACACAUGGCCCGUCAGGACGGCUGUUUCUGCUGGGAUGUGUGCUCUUCCAACAAGGGAACAACUUCUCCUGAGGCUAAAUGAAACAGAUAAGUCAGCAGGGAAGGAAAUGAGAAGGUACAUCAAUGCCUCACUUCCAGUUAUAGAAUACAUUGAUAAGUUGUACAUUUCAAGGAACAUCAGCUUGGAUUGGUGAAUUUAUCGUUAAUGGGAAGGUUUCGAUAUCAAACAGACAUCUUAUUUGGACAGCAACAACUAACCAUUCUGUAUUUCUGUGCUCCAAGAGUUCUGUGAGACCCAGAGAAUCUACACCACUCCCCUCCCACGAAUGAUCUUUGAUGAAUUGAAGACAUUUUCUCUCGGUUCAUUUCUAUCAUUUCAUUUUUGCUGUCGGUGAACUUGGG